UUUGUCCUGAUUUACUGCCUGGGGAAAAAUCCUUAACAUUAUAUAAAACCAAGUCCAUUGUCAAAAACAGUAGGAAUUCAGCCCUCGUGCCCAGUGCUUUUAAUAUGAUGUUGUGGAUACUCCUGAUUUUUGCUGCACUUGCUGAGUUCACUUAUCAAACUAAAGGCGCCCACUCGUGUCCAGAUCUGUGCUCCUGUUCCUUUUCACUUUUGGGUGCAGAGGUGGAGUGCAGCCAAGGCUCUCUUCUCUAUUUUCCUGAAGAUGGUUUAUCCUCCAACACCACCAAACUGUCCAUCCAAUCCACCAACCUCAGCAGCAUUACAGCCCGUCAUUUGAGAGCUGUGCCCCUUUUAAAGCACCUCCAGCUGUAUUACACCAACCUGACGAGCCUUCCUGCAGAUCUACUGAAGGACGUUCCUCACUUGAACAAGUUGGAUUUGACGGGAAAUCGGCUGGUUGAUCUUCUUCCAAAUGUCUUCAACCACGCUUCACUUCGAAGUCUUUGGCUGAGGAACAAUCUGAUUGAAGAAGUAGAUGCUGAGUGGUUUUCUCACAACAGUAGCUUAACCGAACUGGACUUGUCUAGAAACCAUUUGACAGCUGUACCAGCCGCUCUGCUUCAGAAGAUGCCCAAUCUGGAAGAUCUAGACUUGAGUGACAACAAUCUGCGUGACAUUCAAUCUGACGACUUGAAGAACCUGCACCGCCUGGAGAGACUGAAUCUCGGAGGUAACAAAUUAAGAUCCCUAAAACCCACAACCUUCACCCACAACCUGAAACUAUCACAACUGUUUCUUUAUCAGAAUCAGCUCAGAGAAGUCCCAGGCUGCCUCCUGAAAGGUCUUGAACAUCUUGAACUUCUGAUGCUCAAUCAGAACCAGCUGCAGAGUCUCCCCUUUGGACUGCUCGAUGGCAGAAAAUCCUAUUUUAGGGUGACCUUAUCAGGAAACCCCUGGGUGUGCGAUAAGAGGAUGGAGUAUCUGUGGAAGUGGCUAAUGGUCCAUGUUGACAAUGUCCUCUUUUUGGAGGAUGUGACGUGUGCAGGGCCAGAAUCUCUAACACAAAGACAAUGUAUCUCUUUAACUGAGACUGAGCUUGGACUAGACAUGAUUGAAGAUUGAUCUACUAAAUACUUGUAAAAUGUUAAA